AUGAUUUCAGCUGCUAAUCAAUGGCCAUGUAGCGGCAUUUUCGGUUACAUCAACUAUCUUGUUGAAAAGGAUCGCGCCUAUAUUAUCCAAACCUUGCUCAACGGUUUAUCCCGAUUGGAAUAUCGCGGUUAUGAUUCCGCUGGUCUUGCCAUUGAUGGAGACAAAAAAAAUGAAGUGUUCGCCUUCAAAGAAGUUGGAAAGGUAGCCAAGCUUCGCGAGUUGAUUGCAAGUGCGGAUCCCGACCUUUCUCAGGUUUUCGACUCCCAUGCUGGUAUCGCUCACACUAGAUGGGCCACACAUGGACCACCAUCCCGGCUUAAUUGCCACCCUCACAGGUCAGACCCAACCUGGGAAUUCUCCGUUGUCCACAAUGGUAUCAUCACGAACUAUAAGGAACUGAAGGCUCUUCUUGAAAGUAAAGGCUUCCGGUUCGAAACCGACACAGACACCGAAUGCAUCGCCAAACUCGCCAAGUACUUAUAUGACCUUCACCCAGAUAUCGAUUUUACCGUGUUGGCCAAGGCGGUAAUCAAAGAGCUUCAGGGUGCCUUUGGUCUUUUACUGAAAUCGGUACACUACCCGCACGAAGUUAUUGCCGCGCGUAAGGGCUCUCCUCUGGUCAUUGGUGUCCGUACAUCGAAGAAGAUGAGGGUUGACUUUGUGGAUGUCGAGUUUUCGGAAGAGGGACCCCUUCCGGCUGAAGAAGCGUCGCAGAAUCUUGCCCUCAAAAAGUCAGCCGCAGCUUUGUUAGCUCCACCGGACAAGUCACUUUUGCACCGAUCCCAAUCUCGUGCAUUCCUGUCUGAUGAUGGCGUUCCUCAGCCUUCUGAAUUCUUUCUUUCUUCCGACCCCUCCGCGAUCGUCGAACACACCAAAAAGGUCCUAUACCUGGAAGACGAUGACAUCGCCCAUAUCCAUGACGGUCAAUUAAACAUUCAUCGUUUGACAAAGAACGACGGGACUUCAAAUGUCCGUGCUAUUCAAACUAUCGAAUUGGAGCUGCAAGAAAUCAUGAAAGGCAAAUUCGAUCAUUUUAUGCAAAAGGAAAUAUUUGAGCAACCCGAGUCCGUUGUCAACACAAUGCGUGGGCGCUUGGACGUUGCGAACAAGAAAGUUACCUUGGGUGGGCUUCGUCAGUACAUCUCAACCAUCCGCCGUUGUAGACGCAUUAUUUUUAUCGCUUGCGGAACCAGUUACCACUCGUGCAUGGCCGUGCGCGGUGUGUUUGAGGAGCUCACUGAAAUACCCAUUUCUGUAGAGCUAGCAUCAGAUUUCUUAGACAGGCAGGCGCCCGUCUUCCGCGAUGACACUUGUGUUUUCGUGUCUCAGUCAGGUGAAACCGCCGAUUCUCUUAUGGCUCUGAGAUACUGCCUUGAGCGAGGUGCCCUGACAGUGGGCAUUGUCAAUGUUGUUGGCUCGUCUAUCUCCCUACUCACUCACUGCGGCGUUCAUAUCAAUGCCGGCCCUGAAAUUGGAGUUGCUUCAACUAAAGCAUACACGUCACAAUUUGUUGCCAUGGUGAUGUUCGCUUUAUCGCUCAGUGAAGACCGUGUCUCCAAGCAGAAAAGACGCGAGGAGAUCAUGGAAGGCCUUUCAAAGGUGUCUGACCAGUUCAGAGAAAUCCUCAAACUUAAUGAGCCCAUUAAAGAAAUGUGUGCCAAGUUCUUCAAAAACCAGAAGAGUUUGCUACUCUUAGGACGGGGUAGCCAAUUUUCUACUGCAUUGGAAGGAGCCCUUAAAAUCAAGGAGAUCUCUUACCUUCAUUGCGAAGCGGUAAUGUCCGGGGAGCUCAAACACGGCGUGCUAGCACUGGUUGAUGAAAAUCUGCCUAUCAUCAUGAUUCUGACCCGGGAUAAAAUCUUUGCCAAGUCUUUGAAUGCUUAUCAGCAAGUAAUCGCUCGCGGUGGUCGGCCGAUUGUUAUUUGCAAUACAGACGAAGAUGAGUUCCCGGCAUCAAGGGUGGAGAGGAUCGAAAUUCCCCAAACUGUGGAUUGCCUCCAGGGACUUCUCAAUGUGAUUCCUCUCCAACUCAUUGCGUACUGGCUUGCGGUCGCUGAAGGGCUAAAUGUCGAUUUCCCCCGAAAUCUGGCCAAAUCAGUUACCGUUGAGUAA